AAACAAUAAUUGGUACGAAAAUGUAUCCGAAUUCGCCGGAAGCUGUUUCGCCAGCGGUUUUUCAACAUCCAACUCGGUCAGUAUGGAUAAAUCGCGUGCUGCUAUCUUUUCAAACUGGAUGGAACAUCAACAGAAUGCAAGUCGAGUUUGCUGUUGAUUUUCAUGAAGUGUAUGAAGUUCCCGAAUGCUGUCCACUCCCGGCGAAUCUUCCGGUACCAAGUCGACCACUGCAUGGAAGUAUUUCUGCAGGAUGUUUUCUCCGGUUUGGAUCCAACCGACGGACGGACGGACGGAUAAACUGGAAAAAGGACACCAGCAAUGUUCGCAACCGCGACGGGAGCUGGAAGCAAUGUCGUCACGCUGGGAGAAUAAAUGUCCCGUACGACUUUCGGAUCCAGCAGUGACCAGCAGCUACGCCCGUGUUUUUAUAAAUUUGACCUAGUGAGGAAGCUCAUAAUAUCAAAUACUAAUGCAUAAUA